UCAUUUUCGUCGUAUGCUCAAAUAUUUAUUCCAAUUGUCAUAGAGAAAUCUAUAGCAGUCCGGUUACGAGGACCGUCAAGUUCCAAUGGCACUGGUCGUGUGGAAGUAUUCUACAAUGAACGAUGGGGAACAAUUUGUCAUGAUUAUUGGGAUAUAAAUGACGCUAGGGUUGUAUGUCGUCAUAUACUUGGUUAUCCAUAUGCCAUCAGAGCUCUUAAUGGAUACCAAGUUCCUGAUGGUACUGGACAGAUAUGGCUAGAUAAUGUCAGAUGUACUGGAAAUGAGCAAAGUCUAAUCAAUUGUUCUCAUAAUGGAUGGGGAAAUCAUAAUUGUGAGCAUUAUAAGGACGCAGGAGUAGAAUGUUCUUCAG